AUGGAGCCCUGGUGCGGGGCCGGGGUCCGUGGGCAGGGCCCUCAGGGUCCCGGUGUGCCUGGGGCCUCCCGCACCCGCACCCGCGCCCGAGCCCUUCUCCUUCUGUUGCUGCUGCUGCUGCUGCUCCUGCCUCGGCGGCCAGCAGGUGAGCCCGUCCGCCCCCAGCGCCCUCCCCAGCACGCCCACCCGUGGCCGCCUCUGACCCGCUCGUGACCUUCCACAGGCUGCUUGGCCGCAGGAGAAUCCCCGGCGACGCUGUCCACCGCAGUCCCGACCGGCCCCAGAGCCUCCUGUGCCUCCAGUGGCAUCUGUCCCUCAGGCAGGCUUCGCCUUCCUCGGCAGGACCAGACUUCAGACACUUCACAGACCACGACUCCACCGAAAGGGAUGGGGGCCCUGAGCACUGUGGGGAUUACUGGGUCCGUUCCUAAGACAAAACCCGGCGACCUCCCCUUGUGCGGCUCCUCCCAGGAGCCAGACCCUACUCUCAGGGACCCAGAAGCCAUGACCCGGCGGUGGCCAUGGAUGGUCAGCGUGCAGACUAAUGGCUCACACGUCUGUGCCGGCAUCCUGAUUGCCUCCCAGUGGGUGUUGGCUGUGGCCCACUGCUUGAGCCAGAACCGUGUUAACUAUACCGUGAGGGUGGGGAGUCCAUGGAUUAACCAGACCACAGAAACCAGUUCAGAUGUGCCAGUAAAGCAGGUCAUCAUAAACAGCGGCUACCAAUCCAGGCGGUACUGGUCGUGGGUUGGCCGGAUCCAUGACAUUGGUCUCCUCAAGCUCAAAUGGGAGCUCAAGUACAGCAAAUACGUGUGGCCUGUCUGCCUCCCUGGCCUGGAGUAUGUGGUGGAGGACGGCUCUCUCUGCACUGUGACAGGCUGGGGAUACCCCAAGGCUAACGGCCUAUGGCCCCAGUUCCAAACCCUCCAGGAGAAGGAAGUCUCUAUCCUGAACAGCAAGGAGUGUGAGCAUUACUACCACAAGUUCUCCAGGAUCCACACUCUGGUUCGGAUCAUCAGCCCUCAGAUGAUCUGUGCCUUGGACAACGACAGGGAAACGUUCUGCUAUGAGAGGACUGGUGAGCCCCUGGUCUGCUCUUCAGACGGCAUGUGGUACCUGGUAGGAGUGAUGAGCUGGGGCCCGGGCUGCAAGAAGACUGAGGCCCCGCCCAUCUUUCUCCAGGUCUCUCACUACCAGAUGUGGAUCUGGGACCGCCUUAGUGGGGAGCCCCUGGCCCUUCCCGCGCCAUCCAGGACCUUGCUUCUGGGUUUCCUUCUGCUCCUCAUCCUUCUGGGCACUCUGUGACACUGCCAUGUCUCUCUCCUUCCUUCCCCUCCUCCUGAGUGCUGCUUGUGGGUGAGGCGCUCAGCCAGCAGGGACUAGCAGAGAUUAAAACACUUCUUUUUUCCCA